CAAGGCUGAAAUCUCUGGCGGCGCUUGUUCUUGCACUUGCACUUCAUCCUUUGCACUCGAGCCGGCCACUUCAUGUCGUUCGACCGUCAUUCACUGCAUAUGUCCUCGAGCGCGCUAUAGCCAUAUUCACCCCGCAUCCCGUGACCCGGUCACGCACUUCGGCCUGAACGACAUAUAUUGGAGGCCUCGCUUUACCAAGUGAGGGCUUACCAGCAACCGAAAUUGACUCCGCAUAGCCGCCACCAUCCGCCUACCAGGUUAAUGGCGAACUCAAAGCAUGGGGGCAACCCCACUUCAACGGAGGUAACCAUCUACAGAGAGCCGCUGGACUCCCCCGGCGUUGUCCCGGUCCACCUCAAACGCGCAGCUACUUCCGAAUACCCUCUCCUUGAGAUAUUCCAGCGCUUCCUCGUCCGACUACAACCGGGGAGUGACCUAGAUAAGGUCUUGGCAGUGAUCGCGCUCUACAAGGCUGCCGCGCCCGCUUGGAAGCAUUUGAAGCAAUUCUUCUGGUGGGCUUGCACGAGCCAGAUCACAAUUCCAGAAUAUGAUCCGGUAGCUCGGGAAGUGCUGGGAUGGAUGUCGGCGAAUGUGAUAAGUCAUAGCACUACUACAAACGCUAUGCUCAUGACUGGCGGGCUUAUGGAUCCUAACGAGAACUAUUACCGCCAGAUGAUGAUGAAUCGCGGGGGGCAGGUGGUCCAGCAGUCGGACGAAGCUCAGAUUCUGCCGCCUAUUGGCAAACGAAUAUUUUGGGUUGGCUUCCGUCCUUUCAUGUUCUCACGCUCCGGUAUUUCGAGUUCUAGGGGUGGACCGGCAUCGAACGUCCUUGAUAAGGAAGGCCAAGUGCAGAACGCAGUCAUCCUCACUACUAUCGGCUGGAAUUUGCGGCCACUGCAGACGUUCAUCAAGGAGUGCCAUGACCACAAGAUUAGAACAAGGACUGGGACUACCACCGUGUAUUUCUCGACCGCUGGGGGUCCGGACCCGUACGGGACUGGCUGGUCUUCGGUCAUCAAGGCUGUCCGGAAGCUUGAUACUAUUGACAUGGAUCCCGAAGUGAAGGCCGACUUGAUCCGAGAUGCGGAGUACUACUACAGCCAGGAAUCUCGCCAGUUCUUUGCUGAUUGUGGCAUCCCUUAUCGCCGCGGGUACCUCUUCUACGGGCCUCCAGGGACUGGCAAGACAAGCUUCAGCGCAGCGUUGGCAGGUCACUUGAACUGCGAUAUCUAUAUGAUCAACCUCGCUACAGGCGAUAUCAGCGACGGCCGGCUCCACCGCAUGUUCUUGGCGCUCCCUCGGAAAUGCGUCGUCGUGAUCGAGGAUAUCGACUCCGCCGGCAUAGGUCGCGAGCAGGGGCCAUCGUCAGCGCCUCAUCCAGCUCCUACGUUGCCUGAGGGACUCCCGCCCUUACCGCCUGGCAUGACUUUGGCUCCUACGCAGCCACCGCGGAAGCGGAAUCUGGUUACCUUGAGCGGGCUUCUCAACGCGAUCGACGGUAACGCGUCUCAAGAAGGCCGUCUGCUAAUAAUGACGUCAAACAACCCAGACGUGCUAGAUGCAGCUCUAACUCGUCCCGGCCGUGUUGAUAAGAAGGUCCAUUUUGGCAAUAUGAGCCCUCGUGCCGCUCACGAUAUUUUCAUGCGACUAAUUGGACGCUCGGCGGUCGCGUCAGGCACCUACACCAUCCCGCAGAUCGAGGAAUAUGCAACUAAAUUCACCGAGAAGAUCCCUGCGGAUACCUUCACGCCCGCCCAGAUCCAGAACUUCUUGCAGGCCUGCCGAGGAGACCCCGAAAAGGCGUUGCGGGACGCUGAUGCUUGGGUGACGGAAAGCUUGUCGAAGGAUAUCGAGAACGAUGAUGACAAGAAUGGAGGCGAGGCACCGGUGGUUGAUAGCCAGGCGACGACCGUGCUGGGGGACGGCUCUGAUUCAAGCUCGUUCGUUAGCGAGGUGUAAGGUCUGACUGUGCAUAAAAAGCGUUGAGGCCUUCUGGGGCUUCAUGAGGGCCGGCGCAGAACAAGGUGGCUUCUGGCCAAAAUGAGCACCACGAGAUGGAAAACGACGACAGUCAUGGAGAGAGGCUCUUAGUGCGUGCUCCGUAUACCAUUCGGUAACUGCAUUGAUUGUAGUAUCAAUUUCCUAAUCGCCAGCACAAAC